AUUUUUGCCAAGUAAGCAGGUUUAGGGGUCGGAUGGAAUGAAAUACCUAAGAAAGUGAACAGGACGACUUGUCUUGCCAAGUAAGCAACCCCCAGCACAUUUAAAAUAAGAGUGAAGAGAGAGAGAGAGAGUCUGUGUAUAUAACGAAAAAAGAAAGAGAGAGAAGUGGGUCAAUGAUGUUCUGUUUCCCUCUCUAGGGUCAUCUCAUCGAGAGAGAAGAGUAACCAGAAGGGAUUAAAGGAGGAAAAUAACAGGGAAAAAUUUCUCGAAGAAAUGAAGGGAGGAGGGAUCAGGCCAGAGGUUCGAAAAAUCAUUGAAGGCAUAAAGGAAAUAGUCAAGGGGUACAGUGACGAUGAUAUUCAUGCAAUGCUUCAAGAAUGCAAAAUGGAUCCCGACGAAACAGCCCAGAAGUUACUCGCUCAAGAUCCUUUUCAUGAGGUUAGGAGGAAACGGGACAAGAAAAAAGAGUUGGUACAGAAUACAAGCAUACCAAAUUCAGCGGAUGCUAGAUCAAGAUCAGGAAAUCAGAUUCGUGGUGCACGGGGAGGCUUAUCGAUAGGUCGUGGAGCUAGCAGGGGGAGCUAUCGUCCUGUUCUGAAUGAUAGUGAAGGAGGUAAGAUUUCAAGUGCAAGGGAGAAUGGUACUUACAAUUUUAUAAACAAGACUGCCAAUCCAGCUGUUGUAUCUUAUGGAAAUCAAAAUGUGCAAGCUAAGGCAUCUGCUUCUGGAGCAAAUUCUGUGCCAAUAUCUGUCAAUGGAACCCCAACUGGCGUUGAUGGAAGUUUACUUGGCAUUAUUUCACCUUCGAUAUCAAAGGAAGAUCAGAGAGCUGCACUAGGACAUACAACUAUGGCUGAUGUUGUGAAAGUAAGUAGCAUGUCACAGUUGUCAACCCAGCCAGAAAUCAUGCAAGUGGCUCCAACCUUGCCAGUGCAAGGACUGCAAACACCCAAAUUUCAACAGCCUAUAGCUUUGACACCAAUUUCUGCUUCAGGAGUUGGCAACUCAUCGCCUGAUCCUGUUUAUGUUCCAUCUCAUGAUGUGCGGGCACCGGGUGUAGUUGGAACAAUUAAACGGACAGUUGGAACAGUCGGGGCUCAGAGAGUGGCAAAUGCCCAGCCAACAAUUUCUCCGCCUGCACAUAUCUCAGAACCAUUGCUUUCAAAUCAGUCCAGCAAUGAUGAUACAAGUAAUUCAGAUGUUAAAUCAUCAGGGAACAAUAAAUUGAAUUCAGCUGUAGUAAAUCCUUCACCAAGUGAUCAUCAUGCAAGCAAGUCCUUAACAUCAGAUGGUGAUCGCAUAUUUCAACCAAGGUCCCAGGCAGGCAGUUCUGUUGCACCUGGGGCUACUGCUAGCAAUCCAGUAAAUUUGGGGAAGCAGUACAGUAACAGGCCUCAACAACAACCUUUUGGUAGUCAGAAAGCAAUUGGACCUAACAUGGAGUGGAAGCGUAAACCACCUAACCAGAAUGUAACAUCUUCCAGUGUUGGAGUGAUUGACACUAGCACUGGAAGUACAAAUGCAUCUGAAACAAACAGAUCAUCUGUACCCUUGUCAAACUCUAUUAAUUCAGAUGAUGCAGCUGGAAAGCUGCAGGAAAAGCUCGAACGGUUGAAUGUCCGGAGCGAGCAGCACCUUAUCAUUCCAGAUCAUCUUCAGGUCCCUGAAGCUGCUUGUAUAGGGCUCAGUUUUGGAAGCUUCGGGACAUUCGUUGGGAAUUCUUUAAGCAUGGAGUUUGGCAAGGGGGGUGAUGACAAGAGUUCUUCACCCCUUUCUGAGGUAUCCCAGAAGACAGAGGAAUCAAACGAAGAACCUUCCUCAAGGACAUCAGACCAGGAAUCAGAGUCCCCAACAGAAUGCAUUGAACAAACAUCCCCCCGGACAGUGGAGAACUUGGCUUCCGGGAUUGAUGUUAGAGAUUCUAUUUCGCAAAUUACAGUUUCCCAAACUGAGCCGUCAAAGCAAGAUCCAAUUGUACAGUUGGACCCACAAUUUUCACUUGUUGAAACUACUCCAAGCUAUGCAAGUGUCGGGUUUGUACCUCAGAUUAUCAGUAGCCAAUAUCCUUCUUAUGAGCCUGCUUUGACCAGCGCGCAUGAUGCUUCUCGGCAACCAAGCCUUGUGAUGCAGCAAACCUAUGAUCCUUCAUCAAGCAUUUACAAUCCAUUUCUUAGGCCUGGUGGUGAUGGAGAUGCCCGCUUUUCUCCAUUUGCUGGAGCAACAGUUGUGAGCAAGUACAAUGGGAAUGCCGCUUUGUUAUCAGGUGCAAGUGUAUCGGCAUCACAGGAGACUGGUACUUCUGUGGUAGUAGCCUCUGCAGCUCCUACAGCUCAAGGAUCACAAAUGGCUGGAAUUGCACCCACUACCAUGUCUUUCCCUCAUCAGCAAAUGCAGUUGUUUCCUCAACCUGGUGGUGUACAUAUUUCUCCCUUCCCUCCUACAUACAUUCCCUAUCCUGCUCAGUAUUUUCCACCGAUCUACAUUUCCCCUCCAACAUUAAAUAGUUUUACCGGCAAUAUAGGAUAUCCCCAGCCAUCUUCUGGUAGCAAUUAUCCUAUGCCUUCUGUCACUUCAUUCCCUUCAGCUGCCCCUGCAGUCAAAUAUUCAUUGUCCCAGUAUAAGCCCAUGCCGUCAGGUGGAAAUUCUUCACAACCAGGUUUUCCUGUUGGGUAUGCUGGCUAUACAACAUCUCCAUCUGGAUUUUCUGCGAGUUCAGCAACAAGUGGAGGGAAUAGAGCUGGCUUUGAGGAAAAUAAGGAACAAAAUCUUUACAUUCCCAGUCAACAGGUUGAUGGCUCUGCAUUCUGGUUCCGGACCCCUCAAAACCUUCCUAACAUGCAAUCAAGUUCAUACUAUAGCCUGUCAGCACAAGGACAGAAUGUAGCAUUUGCACCUGCACAAUCUGGACAUGCAGCAUAUGCUGGAUUGUAUCAUCCCGCACAGUCAGCGGUGGCCCAAAAUUCCCCACAGUUGCUUCAGCAAUCAGAUGCAUUAGGGGGAGCUGCUGGAGGGAGUAACUCCCAGGCUGCUGGCUACCAGCAAUCUCAACCAGGUCAAUUGAACUGGAGUAAUUACUGACAUUUUGAUGUUGUUUGAUUUAUUAUUUGGCCUUUAGCAUUAUAUAGAAGUUGCAAGACUACCUGGGCAGGUGGACUUUGAAUCCCUUUAUGGGUCUGCCUCAGGGCUCCAGAUGAGUGUACAUAAGCAUAACAAAACUUUUUGAUUAAGAAUCUGAAGAGGGUGUCGAUUCACUUGAUGAAUUGGAUGGUAUGUGUCAGUCUCUGAACUUUUGGUGGGGGUCUUUUUAUGGCUGUUAUCAGUCCCAGCCUUAAUGUUCUUAUUGCAAUGGCUGUUUCAUAACCUUUCUUCAGAUGAAGUACACUUGCAGCUUUUUAUUAGAGUUACUGAAUGUGCCAUGCUUUAUAUCCAAAGCAUGGAUGCAAGGGUUUGAUUUGGUCAACAAUUUUUACAAAUGUAGAGUGAAUUUUGGCAAGAUGCAAUCUGAAGCGCGCUAGAAACCUUGUGUAACUGGAAGAGAGUAAUCAAUUCAAAUCAUGGAAUCAGUACUAAGAAGUGUUCGAUUUGCUGUGAAUACCCAUGACUGACCAUAUCUAAGUAUAAUGAUAAUUUAGAUGCACGCCCUCGACUGCGUUACUGUUUAUUAUAA